AUGUGUACUUUACAAAGGUUGAUUUUUUGGGAGCUAGUUUCCCAUGUUAUGGCUCCUCCUUCACCGAGUAAUAUUCUUGAGUGGCAUUAUGUAUUGAAAGGAAGCGAGGGAACACCUUUUUCAGGUGGAUAUUACUAUGGAAUAAUCAACUUUCCUCCAGAAUAUCCAUAUAAACCUCUUGGGAUCAGCAUGACAACACCUAAUGGGAGGUUCAUACCACAACAAAAGAUCUUUUUAUCAAUGAGUGAUUAUCAUCCUGAAAGUUGGAAUCUAAUGUGGUUUGUAUCAAGCAUACUUAUUGGACUUCUUUCAUUCAUGAUGGAAACCAGUCCAACCACUGGCAGUGUAACCACCACUACUACCGAGAAACGGCGUUUAGCAAAAUCUUCACUCUCUUUCAAUCACAAAAAUGCAACAUUUAGGAAAAUGUUCCCCGAGUAUAUGGAGAAGUACAACCAAGGCAUACCCCUCCCCCUUUUUUUACUUGUAAUUGGUGUAUUGAUCAUACUCCUAUCCUACUAUUAA